CCGGAUCAAUACAAAAUCCGACUUUCGAUCAGAGUUUUUUUAAACUCAACCAUUUAUUCAAGGGGCGUUUUACUUGAGAAGACUUUUAUCAAAUCAGAAACGAUGGCAGGCGACCCUUGGGUUAUCCAGCCUCACGAGCAUGCCAAGUUUGCGGAACACUUCCGUAACCUUGGACCCAUCAAUGGCACUCUUACAGGAGAGCAAGCAAAGAGAUUCAUGUUACAAUCUCAGUUACCACCACCGAUUCUGGGUCAGAUCUGGUCUCUGGCGGACACCAAUGCAGAUGGAAAACUUGACCUAAAAGAAUUCUCUAUUGCUUGCAAGAUAAUCAACCUCAAACUCCAUGGUAUUGAGAUCCCUAAAGUGUUGCCACCAUCAUUACUUGCUUCUCUGAGUCCUACAGGACCAAAACAAUUUGUUCCACCAGCAAAACCUCCCAUCCCUCCAAUGCCAACAAUCCCAACUCAAUCUCAACAACCAUUAAUUUCAGGUCUACCCACACAACAAAUCCAAUCCCAACCGAUCCAAUCCAACCAAUCACUACUCGGUGACUUUGGUUCCCAACCAUUAAUUAACACAGGUCCUACCGUACCACAACCUUCACCUAUCACACCAGCAACAAAACCAAACGUGCCAGAUCUAAUAUCCGGUGCAAAACCACAAAGCCAACCAUUAGUUGGCCAACCGUUAAUUCUGAAUGCUCCAACUCAACAACUCUCUCAAACUUUACUAAGUCAAACUCAACCAAUACCAUCAUCCCAACCUUUGACUACCCAACCACUAAUGACUUCUCAACCAUUAAUGGGUUCUUCCCAACCUUUAAUACCAUUAUCAGAUCAACCACCCCUCAUAAGUACAGACCCAAUACCAACUCAACCUCUAUUAGGAUCCCAACCCCUACCAGCAUCCCAACCGCUCCCAACAUCCCAACUUAUUGGACCAACACCAUUAAUCCCGUCCUCCCAACCACAAGCAAUCCAAACGGGAACUGUAGGUUUAUUGAAUAGCCCACCAACCAGUGUGACAACGGUCGCAAGUUCGAUUCCAAGUCAACCGGUUACAUCUACACCUAUUACUGCGGUUAAAAGUGACUCAUUUUCUAAACCUGGUUCUUUAGUUGGAAGUCCUGCGGAAUCUCCCAUGGGAGUUAUGACACCACCACCCACUGUAGAAUGGGGGAUACCACAACCACAAAAACUUAAGUACACACAACUAUUUAAUGUAACUGACCGUGCGAAGACUGGUUGGGUAUCAGGUGCUCAAGCGAGGGCACUAAUGCUGCAGUCAAGGUUACCUCAGCCAGCAUUAGCCCAGAUAUGGGCAUUAGCUGAUCUGGACGCUGAUGGAAAACUUGGUUGUGAAGAGUUUGUUCUAGCGAUGUAUUUAUGUGAGAGAGCAACUCACGGUGAUGCUGUACCAGCUAAGUUACCUCCUGAACUUAUACCUCCCACCUUUAGACGCGAGUCAGUAACAAGCACCAGUAGUGCUAAGUCUUACGAAGAGAGAAGGAGGGAGAAUAUGGCAAGGGGACAGGCAGAGUUAGAGAGAAGGAGAUCUCAAUUAGCUGACGCUCAUAUGAAAGAGAAGGAGGAUGAGGCUGAAAGAGAACGCAAGGAAAGAGAGGAAGCCGAGAAGAGAGAGAAGCUACGUCUAGAAGCACAAAAGAAGGAACAAGAAGAAUUAAUGAGGAAACAGAAAGAAGAACAGGAGAAAAGAGAAGCAGCAAGGAAAGAGAUGGAAAGACAAUGUCAGUUGGAGUGGGAAAAGAAAAGGACUCGUGAGCUCGAAGCCUUAAGGGCGGAUGAGCAGGCCAAGGUUUUAGCCCUUAAAGCCCGCAGUGCGACAUUAACAGCGUCCUUAGGAGCGGCUGCACAGAGAGCCUCGACUUUAGCAAAGUCGAUACGAGACACACGUACCAGUGUGGCUGCUGCAAAGUGUACGAUUGAUGGCAUGAGGUCGGAUCGUGACGCAAGUAUGGCUGAAAUGCAACAAUUAAAAGCUAAAGUUAAAGAAUUAAAUGCGAAACAAAUCGCUUUGAAUAAAGAGAAAGCGGAGUUAGAUGCUAAGGCUAAAGUGUCUGAAGGUUCGGGAGAAGAUGGUAAAUUAAAUAUGAUGGAAGUUACAUUGAAACAACUUAAAGAUAAGGUGGAAGCAGCUAAAGCGUUAGUUGAGACUAAGAAAUCUGAUCUGGAAAGUAAUCAGAAACAGCUGUCGGAUUUGACAGACACUGUCACGCAGUUGGGUGACAAAUGUGAGAGAGUAUGGAAGAUGUAUGAAGAGAAGAGGAAAGAGUUUGUUGAGAAGAGAAGUACAGCGCCCGCUGAACAAGCCUGGACUGCUGACGCAGAAUGGGGUGCAAAUGAAGAUGCUUGGGGUGGUAAUGAAGACGCGUGGGGUGACGCCGCCACUACUACUGCUACUGAAGCAGUAUCUAGCUCAGCUCCACGUUGGAGGUGUGUCUAUGAGUUUAACGCGAGAACAGCUGAUGAAUUAAGUCUGCAGCCUGGUGAUUUGGUAAGUGAAGCAAACGCACCACGAGCUGACGCGGAACCUGGUUGGCGUUGGGGUACAGCUAGAGGUCAAUCAGGUUGGUUCCCUGAAUCUUAUGUUGAAGAUAUUAACACAGCGAUGUCGUAUGUUGAACCAAUGGAUACCAUGGAGACUAAGACACCUUUGGAAGGUAUAGUGGAAGUACCAGAAGCGGAAAUAACAAAUGAUUUAGGAGGGGCUAUGCCUAUAGUUGAAGGAGGUGAUUUUUAUAUCGCGGCAUAUCCAUAUGUAUCCUCUGAGCCUGGUGACCUCACAUUCGAAGCUGGUGAGAGAAUAGAAGUACUAAGAAGAGAUGGAGACUGGUGGACAGGCAGGAUUGGGAACAGGAAUGGCAUCUUCCCAUCUAAUUAUGUUACUAAAGAUACGAUAUCGUCAAGUGAACCUAUAUCCACAAUACCGGAGGCGGCUGAGCCCGCCCCCGAGACACAAGCCCCGCCCACUGUUGAAGCCCCGCCCGCUUCCGUCGCCCCGCCCACUGACACCACACCACCUGUCUCUGAUGCUGACUUCGUACCUACAUCUCCUCCUGUACAGGAGCAGAAGUCUUCCACCCCGAUAUCAUCAGAGGUGGCGGCGAUCACCGAGAGUGCGGGCGCUGCGCCCUCCCCCCGGCCCGCCUCCGUGACGCGCCGCGACUCGACGCGGGACUCCGGCCGCGACUCCGGCCGGGACUCCGUCACUGGACGCAAGAAGAACGAGAUAGCACAAGCUAUCGCAUCUUAUACUGCUACAAGUGCGGAGCAGUUAUCCCUGCAGAAGGGUCAGCUGCUGGUGGUUCGCAAGAAGGCAGACAGCGGCUGGUGGGAAGGGGAAUUACAAGCCAAGGGAAGGAACCGACAGGUCGGCUGGUUUCCUGCCAGCUAUGUCAAGAUUCUUCAAUCAUCGGGGAGAACAUCAGGACGCACCACACCUGUGUUAUCCAAAAUGGAUACAGUACCAUCAGAGACUGUCAUAGACAAGGUGAUAGCUCUAUAUCCAUACACAGCACAGAAUGCUGAUGAAUUGAGCUUCGAGAAGGAUGACAUUAUUGCUGUCACUGACAGGAGCCAGGAUCCCGCGUGGUGGCAAGGUGAACUCCGCGGUAUGACUGGGUUAUUUCCAAGCAACUAUGUCACCAAACUUGUUAAUUAAUUACAUAUGUACCAUAGUUCAAUCAUCUUCAUACUAAUAAUAGAACAUAUGACACUAUAUCAAACACAUUUUUGAUGUUAGAACUUCACAAUUGCUUACAUUUUUAUCAAAUUACGAUUAAAUAUAUAAAAGUUAUAGAUAAGGGUUCGUUAACACUAACCUGAAUGUUUCCACAACAGAUUUUAAUUAAGUUAUACAAAAACGAGGCUUAAUUUUACUUUACAAGUCUUU